GGCGAAUUCUCUCGACUAUUGGAAUGAUCCGCGCCUAAUUCAAUUCCAAAGUCAGAUUUUUGCAAAUUUGUGUUUAUAUAUCUGUCUGUUCUACUUCCUUGCGUGCAAGCAGAUCCUGAACUAGAAGCUAAAGGGAGGGGAGAAUUCAAGAGCUGAUGACAUGGCACUGGAAGCAUGGCAAUCAGGAGAAUCUAGAUCAAGAGAAAGUAAAGUUGCUCGAAUUGGCCUGGUGAAACCAGAGAAAGCUAGAGGUGUUAUUUUGAGGGUAGCUCAACUGAGACAGAUAGUUGAGAAGGUUUCUGAGGAGCGGCUUAUAUAACACUACUGGAACAAAUAAAAAACCAAAUGAUCAACCAGACAAAGUCAUAGUACAGUCGCACUAUCCUUCAAAAACACAAGUUAUUUAAGCAAUAAGCGUUGGUCUUACAGUUUAACGAUACCAUUGAGUGUAAGUUGUCUCAAAUGUGCUUAACGAUCCACAGACGUCGUGAGGUGGAGGACGAUAAUGAAGAUUAUAAUGUACUUUGUAUGUCCAUGGGGAUCUCAGUGUUGAGUUGGUGACUUUACUAAUAUGUGCUUAUAGCUGUUACUGUGACAUAUGUUUAUUGUGAGUGAAUCUUAAUGGUCUUCGACAUGGUUGGAAUGAGAUAAAAGAGUGAUCAGAAACUGAAAUUUGCCUUUUAUAUUUUUUUGCAUCUCCUUUGUAGGACACCUUCGUCUUUAUUUUCCUCAUUAUUUC